ACAAACACCAAUAAACCUCAGAGGAGGAAGAACUAUUUUCGCCGCGCUCUCUGUUGUUGUUUUGUCGGCAUGCUCCCUUAAUACAAACACUUAGAAACGUUUCUUUUCAGAGAAAAAUACAGUUUCUUAAUCAGUUCAGUAAAUAGGUGUACCUGUAAUAUUUUCAUCUUCACAGUAGUCGAAGUUUUGAAACAUGCAGGAAUAUCUGGAGGAGUAUCAGCUGAACUGAGAUCUGCUGCUGUGAAAAUUAUGUUUGUUAAAGAGGAGAGUGAACACGAGGAACCAGAAACCUGGAGAAUAAAACACGAGGAACAAGAAACAUGGGGAAUAAAAUAUGAGGAACAAGAAAAAUGCGGAAUAAAACACGAGGAACCAGAAACCUGGAGAAUAAAUCAAGAGGAACCAGAAACCUGGAUAAUAAAACAUGAGGAACUAGAUACCUGGAGAAUAAAACACGAGGAACCAGAAACCUGCAGAAUAAAACACGAGGAACCAGAAACCUGGAUAAUAGAACAUGAGGAACCAGAAACCUGCAAAAUAAAACACGAGGAACCAGAAACCUGGAUAAUAGAACACGAGGAACCAGAAACCUGGAGAAUAAAACACGAGGAAACAAAAACCUGGAGAAUAAAACAAGAGGAACCAGAAACCUGGAGAAUAAAACAAGAGGAACCAGAAACCUGGAGAAUAAAACACGAGGAACCAGAAACCGUGAGAAUAAAACACGAGGAACCAGAAUCCUGCAGAGUAAAACACGAGGAACCAGAAAACGGGAGAAUAAAACACGAGGAACCAGAAAGAGAGUUAAUUGAAGAAAAAGAGGAGAAUGAAGAAUCAAGUGAAGUUGAGGAGAAAAAUCACGUCAAAACUGGAGGAAAACCUUUGGGUUUCUCUCAAAGCAAACAGAAAGAUUUAAAGAAAAAAAGAGCAAAGAAGUCCUUCCGCUGCACUCAGUGUGGAAAGAGAUUCACAGACAAAACAGGUUUUGAGCAUCACAUGAGAAUUCAUACUGGAGAGAAACCAUUCACUUGUGAUCAGUGUGGGAAGAGUUUCACACAAUCAUCAAACCUUAAUAUACACAUGAACAUCCACACUGCAGACAAGAAGCAUGCAUGUGAUCAAUGCGGUAAAAUGUUUUUAUGGGUUUCACUUCUGAAGAAACACUUGAAAGUUCAUGCAAAGGAGAAACCACAUCCAUGUUAUUUGUGUAGUAAGAGUUUUUUGCCUCUACAAAGUUUGAAAGUACAUCAGAAAAUACAUACUGGUGAAAGAGUAUAUAUAAAAAGAAAUGAAAGGUUCCACACUGGAAAGAAACCUUAUAAGUGUUCACACUGUGACAAGAGAUUCAGUGAUAAAUCAAAUCUGAAAACACAUGAGAGGAUUCACACUGGAGAGAAACCUUAUAAGUGUUCACACUGUGACAAGAGAUUCAAUUAUUCAUCAUAUCUGAAAACGCAUGAGAGGAUUCACACUGGAGAGAAACCUUAUAAGUGUUCACACUGUGACAAGAGAUUCAAUUAUUCAUCAUAUUUGAAAACACAUGAGAGCAUUCACACUGCAGAGAAACCUUACAAGUGUUCAAACUGUUACAAGAGAUUCAGUCAUCCAUCACAUCUGAAAGCACAUGAGAGGAUUCACACUGGAGAGAAACCUUACAAGUGUUCACAUUGUGACAAGAGAUUCAGUAAAUUAUCAGGUCAGAAAAUACAUGAGAGGAUUCACACCGGAGAGAAACCAUAUAAGUGUGCACACUGUGACAAGAGAUUCAGUGAUUCAUCAUCUCUGAAAAGGCAUGAGAGGAUUCACACUGGAGAGAAACCAUAUAAGUGUGCACACUGUGACAAGAGAUUCAAUGAUUCAUCAUCUCUGAAAAUGCAUGAGAGGAUUCACACUGGAGAGAAACAUUAUAAGUGUGCACACUGUGACAAGACAUUCAAUGAUUCAUCAUCUCUGAUAACGCAUGAGAGGAUUCACACUGGAGAGACACAUUAUAAGUGUGCACACUGUGACAAGACAUUCAAUGAUUCUUCAUCUCUGAAAACGCAUAAGAGGAUUCACAUUGGAGAGAAACUUUUUAAUUGUGCACACUGUGACAAGACAUUCAAUGAUUCAUCAUCUCUGAAAACGCAUGAGAGGAUUCACACUGGAGAGAAACAUUAUAAGUGUGCACACUGUGACAAGACAUUCAAUGAUUCAUCAUCUCUGAUAACGCAUGAGAGGAUUCACAUUGGAGAGAAACUUUAUAAGUGUGCACACUGUGACAAGAGAUUCAGUGAUUCAUCAACUCUGAAAACGCAUAAGAGGAUUCACAUUGGAGAGAAACCUUAUAAGUGUGCACACUGUGACAAGACAUUCAAUGAUUCUUCAUCUCUGAAAACACAUGAGAGGAUCCACACUGUAGAGAAACCUUAUAAGUGUUCACACUGCGACAAGAGAUUCAGUAAAUCAUCAGGUCAGAAAAUACAUGAGAGGAUUCACACUGGAGAGAAACCAUAUAAGUGUGCACACUGUGACAAGAGAUUCAGUGAUUCAUCAACUCUGAAAACACAUGAGAGGAUCCACACUGGAGAGAAACCUUAUAAGUGUUCACACUGUGACUGGAGAUUCAGUGUGUCAUCAAGUCUGAAAAUACAUGAGAGGAUUCACACUGGAGAGAAACCAUAUAAGUGUGCACACUGUGACAAGAGAUUCCGUGAUUCAUCAACUCUGAAAGCACAUGAGAGGAUCCACACUGGAGAGAAACCUUAUAAGUGUGCACACUGUGACAAGAGAUUCAGUGAUUCAUCAUAUCUGAAAACACAUGAGAGGAUCCACACUGGAGAAAAACCUUAUAAGUGUUCACACUGUGACAAGAUAUUCAGUGAUUCAUCAAAUCUGAAAACACAUGAGAGGCUCCACACUGGAGAGAAACCUUACAAGUGUUCACACUGUGACAAGAGAUUCAGGGAUUCGACACAUCUGAAAACACAUGAGAGGAUUCACACGAAUGAAACCAAAUAAGUAAAUGGACUGCAUUUAUAUAGCGCUUUCAACAGAUCCCAUGGCAAUCCAAAGCGCUUUACAAGUUGCCUCACAUUUACCCAUUCACUCACUCAAUCAUACACCGACUGCGGUGUCAGCCAUUCAAGGCACCAUCCAGCUCGCCGGGAGCAGCUGGGGUUAGGUGUCUUGCUCAAGGACACGUCGACAUUUGGGGGAACCAGAAACCUGCAGAAUAAAACACGAGGAGCCAGAAACCUGCAGAAUAAAACACGAGGAGCCAGAAACCUGGAGAAUAAAACACGAGGAGCCAGAAACCUGGAGAAUAAAACAAGAGGAACCAGAAACCUGGAGAAUAAAACAAGAGGAACUAGAAACCUGCAGAAUAAAACACGAGGAGCCAGAGACCUGCAGAAUAAAACCAGAGGAACCAGAAACUUUGACAAUAAAACUAGAGGAACCAGUAACCUGGAGAAUAAAACAAGAACCAGAAACCUGGAGAAUUAAACCAGAUUCCACAACACACACACACACACACACAAAUGUUUCUUUACACUCAUCAUGUAGGUCAUUACUAAGAUGUAUUUGAAAGGUUUGUGCGUUGCAUAACUGGUUAGCCCUGUUCUAAGAUGGUUAUGAUUUUCUGAUUUGUAACUUGGAAAUGUUUCUCCUAAUUAAUGUUCUCAAAUAGUCAUGGUUUUGUAACCCUACCUCUGACCAGGUCAUAAAACUUUAUGACCCAACUGGGAGAAACAGAAAAAGCCCAGCUCGCUAGGAAUUUUUGUAAGGAAAAAGGAAAGUAAAUGUAUUUUAAAUGUAUUAACUUCCUUUUUGUGCUUAGAUGUCUUAACAUAUCCAAUUGGAGAAUCUGCAUUUUUAUCGUGUGUUAAUCAAACUUUAAAGGCCAUGUUGCAGGUUAACCACCACUUUCGAUUAAUGGGUACAUAAAUCACUCAAGAUAUGUAUAUCAUUUUUAAAAUGUCUCUAAGUUUUUGGUAUUAACGUUUUUUUUACACAAUUCGAUGAUGACGUCACAUUGGGGAGAAGUCGGGGAAAGGUAGCCUCAGCCUAGUAUGAUGCCGCAUUCCAGGCAACCCGUAACCCGUGUUUUUCCAACCUUAAACCCGUGAAAGUGCACUGGAACGGCAAUCAAACCCAUGACUUCCCACCCGUGAACUCGUGUCUCGUACUAGAUCGAUGUACUCCGAGUUCCGAGGUCACACAGCACGCGAAACAACGAUGACAGCCCCUACGAAUAAUACUACAUAUGGACGCAGUGUUUAUGCAAGUGGUACAUGUUGAAAAAAUUAUUUUAGGUCAAUGUAACAUUGCAGUAAAAUAAAUAAUCUAGUUACAAAGUCGUUAGUAGUGGUAUGAAAUAGUGAUUACGAGCUCAAAAACCUGCCUGGAACGCAGCAUCAGAACUAUAGCGACUGACUGGGAUGAGGAAAAGGUGGCAAGAGUCAACAUUUAUGAUGGUCCACAGCCAUGUCAUUUCGAUCGAGCCAGCCUUGAGAGGGCAAAUGAGGAAUUGCCAAGAAACUGCGCUGAAAAGCUUGUGCUGUAGUGGAAGUGAGUGCGUUUGGGUCACUGUUGGUCGAUAUCUCUCUAUCUUUCUGUCUAUCUAUGUAGUCUAUCUAUCUAUAUAUAUCUAUGUAUUUAUCUAUAAUCUGCGCUAUCUGAAAACUCUCGUCUACUACUCGUCUCUCAAUGCUGUCAAGGCGUGCUUUGGUAAAUUCUCUCCCCAACGUGACGUGAUGCAAUGCAUUGUGAGGGAAUGGAGAACGCUGUAAGAUGGUACAUAUUUUUCCGUAUUAUAUUCCGUUUUGUGAUGCCCAACAACAUAAAAUACAAUGGAUAACAGUUUAAAUGUUUAUUACCAACAAGCAAAUUGCACAAAUUCUUUAGAAAAAAUUUACCUUGCAACACGGCCUUUAAAUGUGAGUUUUUCUGCAUAUGAAUGUAACUUUGUGUCUCCUACCUUUACCUGAAUUACCAUCUUGCUGGAAUAUAACUGCUAAAUUCUGAAAACACCAUAAUGUACUCGAGUGGGUGUCUCUCCAGAGACAAAGGAACUUUUUCCCACUUCAGAUCGUUGGACGUUCAUUGGUUGUUCGUGCAACCGAUGGGUGAAAUACUUAGUCUUGGAGCACUCCGUCUGAGAGAAUGUCUUGUUUCAUGGCUGCUUAGGGAGCUCUCAUCUCUGUUUUUCUUUUCUUUACUAAGUUUUAUUCUCAUAUUCGCCUCUCCCUCCGCAAGGAACACGAAAUCUGAAUCAUUUCUUUGGUAACUUCACGUUCGGUGAACCUUUAAAACUUUGUGCGAGUCUGUUCGCCCUGGAAGACACGAGAAAACACACCCAGCUCCAAAAGAACGACACGCGCACUCUCGUCUUGCGCGGUCACAAAGAGAACUACAUGCAAGUAUUAUUUUCUAUUGAGAUUUAAAUGCUGCUUAAAGUUGUCUAUUCCCUUUUUCAAGGUGAUCUGAUUCCUUGUCUUUCAAAAGGUUACUGUCUGUGAAUGGGCGAUUCGAUGUAUUGUUAGUUCAAUUAUUAAAAUCCAAUAUAUAUUCCUGAUUGCUUCUGUCUAAAAUGCUCACAUCACGAUGUCAAUAAAAUGUUUGAUCUUAGCUAAAAAAAAAAAGUUGAAAUUUCAUAAAUUGUACAUGGCUUUGUAAGCAAGCAAAUCCAAUGGUGUCCAUCUAGAAAAUGUUUGAAAUAUGCAUUCUGUGUUAACGGCUUUGUUUCAGUUUUGAUGUAAACAAGAUCCAAUCCACAUUGAUGUUCUCUUUUUUUCUACUGGCUUCAACUGAAUAGGCUAACAUAAACC